GUGAACUGGUGAUGACUACUGCUCAGCCCUAGCUGAAAGAUCGCUUAUUCUGUGUUUAUCAAGAAAUUAGUAAAUAUGCUUUGUUAUGGCUUUUUCUUUCUACAGACUUCAGCUUUUCCUUUUAAUUCUUGGGUAGAAAACUGCUACAGUAUCUCAGGGAAACAGUAACCUGCAGGGUUUUUUUUCCGGUAACAACUGAAAAUAAUGGACAGAUGAUAUCAAUUAAACUGCUUUUGGCAACUGACUUUAUCACAAUAACAAGUGACUGCGUAAGCAGUGCCAAACUGCAAGGAUUUUUAUUACCCCCACCACCGGGAAUUAUGUACAGUGUCUCAGCGCUCAGAGUGGAUGCAGUUUCUACGUAGAUCACUCUAGGUUCUGUAAUUAUGUCUGUUAGUGUGACAGAGAGUGAACUUCCUAGAUUUUUUGUGGGUGGCGAAGAUGGAGAUGAGCUUUUGGAUCAAGCCAGUUCUUCAGAAUUUGAUUCCUUUUACGAUCAUAUUGAAGAUGAAGAUGAGGAGUAUGAUUCUCCUCCAGAAAGACAGAUUGUGGUUGGAAUAUGUUCAAUGGCAAAGAAAUCCAACUCAAAACCAAUGAAAGAAAUACUUGAACGCCUUUCCAUGUUUAAAUAUAUUACAGUAGUAAUAUUUGAAGAGGAUGUGAUAUUGAAUGAGCUUGUGGAAAACUGGCCUUUAUGUGAUUGUCUCAUUUCUUUUCAUUCAAAAGGGUUUCCAUUGGACAAAGCUGUUGCCUAUGCAAAACUCAGGAAUCCAUUUGUUAUUAAUGAUUUGAAUAUGCAGUAUCGCAUACAAGACAGGAGAGAAGUUUAUAGCAUUCUUAAAGCAGAAGGUAUUUUACUUCCUCGUUACGCCGUUCUAAACCGUGAUCCAAACAAUCCGCAAGAAUGUAACUUGAUUGAAGGAGAAGAUCACGUGGAGGUUAAUGGAGAAGUUUUCCAAAAGCCAUUUGUAGAGAAACCUGUCAGUGCUGAGGACCACAAUGUGUAUAUUUAUUAUCCAACAUCUGCAGGAGGUGGAAGUCAAAGGCUUUUUCGGAAAAUUGGAAGCAGAAGCAGUGUUUAUUCCCCUGAAAGCAGUGUGAGAAAAACUGGUUCAUACAUUUACGAGGAAUUCAUGCCUACAGAUGGCACUGAUGUGAAGGUGUACACUGUAGGUCCAGAUUAUGCUCAUGCAGAAGCUCGCAAAUCCCCUGCUCUGGAUGGGAAGGUAGAGCGGGACAGUGAAGGGAAGGAAGUCAGGUAUCCAGUCAUCCUUAAUGCAAGAGAGAAGUUGAUAGCCUGGAAAGUAUGCCUUGCAUUUAAGCAAACAGUUUGUGGCUUUGAUUUGUUGCGUGCAAAUGGACAAUCCUACGUCUGUGAUGUCAAUGGCUUCAGUUUUGUGAAGAACUCUAUGAAAUAUUAUGAUGAUUGUGCUAAAAUUCUCGGAAAUAUAAUAAUGCGAGAACUUGCUCCACAAUUUCAAAUACCAUGGUCCAUACCUUUAGAAGCAGAAGAUAUUCCUAUUGUGCCAACCACGUCGGGGACAAUGAUGGAGCUUAGAUGUGUUAUUGCUGUUAUACGGCAUGGGGAUCGGACACCAAAACAAAAAAUGAAAAUGGAAGUUAAACAUCAACGAUUUUUCGAUCUUUUUGAAAAAUGCAAUGGAUAUAAGUCUGGGAAGCUAAAACUGAAAAAACCUAAGCAAUUACAGGAAGUACUUGAUAUUGCAAGACAACUUUUAGUAGAACUUGGGCAAAACAAUGACUCUGAAAUUGAAGAAAGCAAGGCUAAACUUGAACAAUUGAAAACUGUGUUGGAAAUGUAUGGACAUUUUUCUGGUAUAAAUCGCAAAGUUCAGCUGACAUACCUCCCUCAUGGUUGCCCCAAAACAUCUAGUGAAGAGGAAGACAGCCACAAGGAGGAGCCAUCUCUACUCUUGGUUCUAAAAUGGGGAGGAGAACUGACUCCUGCAGGCAGAGUUCAAGCAGAGGAACUAGGAAGAGCUUUCCGGUGCAUGUACCCAGGUGGACAAGGUGAUUAUGCUGGAUUUCCUGGAUGUGGUUUACUGAGACUGCAUAGUACCUAUCGGCAUGAUCUCAAAAUAUAUGCUUCUGAUGAAGGAAGAGUUCAAAUGACUGCAGCAGCUUUUGCAAAGGGACUGCUUGCGCUGGAAGGAGAGCUCACUCCUAUCCUUGUACAGAUGGUAAAAAGCGCUAAUAUGAAUGGUCUACUUGACAGUGAUAGUGACUCUCUUAGCAGCUGCCAGCAUCGUGUGAAGGCACGACUUCAUGAAAUACUACAGAGAGACAGAGACUUCACUUCUGAAGACUAUGAAAAGCUUACACCAUCUGGCAGCAUUUCUGUGAUAAAAUCAAUGCAAGAGAUAAAAAAUCCUGUUAAGACAUGUGACAAGGUAUAUUCCUUGAUUCAGAGUUUGACAUCUCAGAUCAGACAACGAAUGGAAGAUCCUAAGUCUGCAGAUAUUCAACUUUACCACAGUGAAACCCUGGAGCUAAUGCUGCGUAGAUGGGCCAAGCUUGAAAAGGACUUUAAAACAAAGAAUGGAAGAUAUGAUAUUAGUAAAAUCCCAGAUAUCUAUGACUGUAUAAAGUAUGAUGUCCAGCAUAAUGUCUCUUUAAAACUAGAAAAUAUUAUGGAACUGUACAGGCUGUCAAAAGCAUUGGCUGAUAUUGUGAUACCCCAGGAAUAUGGUAUUAGUGAAGCUGAGAAACUAGAGAUUGCAAAGGGUUACUGCACUCCUCUGCUGAAUAAAAUCAGGUCUGAUCUUCAAAGGACUCAAGAUGAUGAUACCGUAAACAAGCUUCACCCUUUGUACUCCAGUGGGGUUACAUCUCCUGAACGUCAUGUUCGAACAAGAUUGUACUUUACUAGUGAGAGUCAUGUCCAUUCCUUAUUAUCAACUUUACGUUAUGGUUCCUUGUGUGAUGAAUCUAAAGAUGAACAAUGGAAGCGAGCCAUGGAUUAUCUCAAUGUUGUCAGUGAACUCAAUUAUAUGACCCAGAUUGUUAUAAUGCUGUAUGAGGAUCCAAACAAGGAGCUUUCAUCAGAAGACCGUUUCCAUGUGGAAUUGCACUUUAGUCCAGGAGCUAAAGGUUGUGAAGAAGAUAAAAAUUUACCAUCAGGUUUUGGCUAUAGACCUGCUUCUCGAGAGAAUGAUGGGGCAAAGAAAUCUUCACAUAAAAUUGACAGUGAUGAAGAAUCACAUUCUUCUAAAAGGGAUGAAACUGAUCGAUCUAUAAUGAUGUUCAAGCCUAUGGUGUCAGAUCCAAUUCACAUACACAGAAAGUCACCCCUUCCAAGAUCUCGGAAAAUUGGUUCAGUGGAAGAAGAGAGCCCCCUGAGUGUGUCUAGCCCAGAGUGUAUUGGUACCUGGCUGCAUUACACCAGUGGUGUGGGUACCGGGCGUCGAAGACGCAGAUCAGGGGAACAAAUCACUUCUUCCCCUGUCUCCCCUAAAUCACUGGCUUUCACAUCCAGUAUAUUUGGCUCAUGGCAACAGGUCCCACCAGAAAACAAUAGUCACUUUCGAACACCAAGAACAAUUGUGGAGCAAAAGACAAGUAGCAUAGGGUCUCACUGUGCGGGCCUGUUUAGCACCACUGUGCUCGGGGGUUCUUCAAGUGCACCUAACCUACAGGAUUAUGCUCGUAUCCAUCGUAUAAAGGUGACUUCUUCUGGCUGCAUAGAUGACACCACACGUGGUUCUGCUGUUAAAAGGUUUUCUAUCUCAUUUGCUCGACACCCAACCAAUGGCUUUGAAUUGUAUUCCAUGGUGCCUUCUAUCUGCCCUCUAGAAACUCUCCAUAACUCCUUGUCAUUAAAGCAAGUGGAUGACUUCCUUACCUCCAUUGCGGCUUCUGCUUCAUGUGAAAAUCUUCCACGGAUGUCCACCACCUCCCUUCCUUCUCCAUCAUAUGUGAAUGCCAUAUCAGCAAGAAAAAGUUCUUUAAAUAUGUACACACCUGCUAAAAUCCAGCCAACACCACUUGAAGAUUUUAUGGAUCGUCGAAGUGUGGAAAUGCCUUCCUCGGGUUCCAUUGAUCAUCCACCUACUGAUAUUUAAAAGCUGCAGCUUGAAAAGCCAAAAAGAGAAAAAACAAUACUUGUGUAAUGUUGGUACUUAAACUCUCUUGAACAAAUGAAACACUUCUGACAAAACUGGAAGGAUCUGCUCUCACCAUCUGUUGCAGUGUACAUUUCUUUGUAGAAAAACAAGUUAGUUUUCAAAGGCUUUUCAUUUCUGUUUGUAUCAAUGUAUUUUCCUGUAUAGAAAAUUAUUUCUGUACUGAUUUGUUUCUAAAAUAUGAAAAGCAAAGAGGUUUACAUCUAUAGUUUUAAGGAACUGACCUGACAAACUGCACAACUUCCCCCCCCAUCUUUAUUGUCCUAAAUUCACACAAACACAGCAAAACCAAAACAGCCUAAUAGAUUACUUUGUUCAGUAGGAGCUGUCAAGAAAGAGACAGAGAGGGACAGAAAAAGACACAACUUUCUCAGCUGCAGCAGAGGCCAGUGUGAGGAAGGAAAUCUUUUUCAUUGCCAUAUCAUAUUAACAUGGCCCCAGUAAGCAUCCAUCUUUUGAACAGCCAGUUGCUGAAAAGAGAACUUAAUGAAUGAUCCCAUGCCUUCCUGAUUGCAGCGAAUUUUUUAUUUUGAUGAUGUGGAAAAUACUUAAAACCACCAACCAGGAAGAUCCAUCGUUCUACUCCCUGUAGGGUCUCUUCUGCUGACUGUACCAGAUAACUUUUGUCACACGUAAGUGCUAAUGAAAUAACUCGUUCAGAUGCCAGUUAUAAAGGUGUAUUUCAUUCAUUUCAGUUCCCAGAAAAUCUGUACUCACUCCAAUUGACCAACAGCCUAAAACAGUAAUCAGAAAUGUUCAUACCAUUAUAUAUAAAUUCCUUUCCACUUGACAAGACUAGAGAAGAAAGACAUGUAGCACUAGAACCAAUGGCUUCACAGGGAAACAUUUUUCUCCAAUACUAAAUGUCUUAGCACAUGGUCACCUCACCCAAGUUUAAGGUCCUCACUCUCACUGAUGGUCUAUGUCACUUCUCUCCCCCCGCCCCAGCAGCAACUUGAUAAGGAAUAAGAACAUUUUCCUUGACCCCACUUCACAGAUUCAUGCUGAAUUCAGAUCAAGUCAGAUCUAAGAUUUUUAUCUUGUGCUAGAUUCUCAUGCCUUGCUCCAGUUUUACAAAUGGUUUCUACAAAUGUUACCUCCUCUCUUCUAUUCUGAGACAGCUGGAAGAGAACACAUUACAGCAAUACUGGUAGUGCUUAGUCAGUUAAAAGUCUGUUGUCCAAAGUUCAAGUAUUCAUAAGUUAUGAGCUAAUUCUUACCGUCCUGGCACACUUACUCUUGACCAGGGAGCAUCUUUUAUUUAGAUACAUUUCCAAAGAGAAUGUUGCUUUCUAUUAAAUUUAAACAUUUUUAUAUUUUUAAGUAUGCUAGGAAGUUAUGGGUGGCAUGUCUGUGAAUUUCCAUGCUUUUUGUAUGUUUACAUCAGAUCUUGACAUUCAAAUAUACAUUGAUUGUUAAUAUCUGUGCUUUAAUAUAUAUAUAGAGAGAGAGACUCCUGUUUAUGGAUUUCCUGUUUAUGUACUUCCUAAGGUUUUCUGUUUUGUUGAAAAGUUGCUUUCUCCACAGGUUUCUGCAGAAUAUUGCUUAACAGAAUAAUCCACAUUUGGAUAAAUGAGCUUUAUAAGGAAAAAAAGAAACAGCUGGCCUGUUAACAUUUCAUGCUUGUAAACUUUAUAUAUCUGCAGAUGAUACUACUUGUUAUAUUUUAAAAUUAAAAGAAAUUGCAGUAUUACCAAAUUCAAAUUCUCUGAACAUUUGGGAAUUAGCCCACUAUUCUUUAUUUUUUACUGUUUUCAAAUGCUGAUUAAAGACAAUUGAACAUUUUAUGAGAGCUGACAAAAUAUUUAGCAGCUCAACUGAUUUUUUUUAAUGUUCCAGUUUGCUGGCCAUCGCCUAGAGAUAAGUUGUCUUAUAGCUUCCUGUAUGGACUGAUGACUUGUCAAAUACUUAUUGCUCUCUCAAAUACAUUUCUGAUAAUUACUUUAACUUAUAUUUAAAAAUGACUCAUUAGCUGCAGUAGCUUUCUGUUAAAUUUUAGAGUCCUAGCUUCAAAUAAAACCACUAAGAAGACUGGCUCUUUCCUUUUCUUAUCCAGCAAUUUUCUACAAAGGUGUAAUUGCUGAUUAAGUUGCCACAGUCUUGCUGACUUUCCAUGGGUCAUAUCAGAAAUUCUCAAGUGCUGUUUAAGAUAUCAAAUAUGUAAUGGGUUCACAACUUCUCAUUGCAAAUAUUUCCUUUUCUAUAAUGUAACUUUGUAAUAUGGGUAAUGUUUGUCCUGCACACCUAUGAAUGUACAUGUCAUGUUUAUUGUUUUUCUAUCUGAAAAUGCCUCAUUUUAAAUGUGCGUAUCAUUCCAGUCAACCAAAGCUUUCGCAUAAAAGUUUCAUGUGCUCUUAAAUAAAAAGAGUCAAUAGCA